AUGGCAUUGACAGCCAAAAACUUCGCCUACGACGUGCUCGUCAAUCCAAGACAUACAAAAUGGAUUGCUCCCCUGCUGAUCCUUGGCGAUGCGCUCCUCUGCGCCCUCGUCAUAUGGAAGAUCUCCUACACUGAAAUCGAUUGGACGACGUACAUGCAGCAAAUAUCCCUCUACAAAUCUGGCGAACGCAAUUAUCCCCUUAUCAAAGGCUCUACCGGGCCCCUUGUCUACCCCGCCGCUCACGUAUACAUCUAUACCCUCCUCUACCACCUCACCGAUGAAGGCCGCGAUAUUCUUCUCGGGCAGGCGCUUUUUGCCGCGUUAUACCUUGUUACGCUGAUUGUGGUCGUCGCCUGUUAUAGGCAAACGGGUGCGCCUCCCUAUCUCUUCCCGCUUCUUGCUCUGUCGAAGCGGCUUCAUAGCAUAUUCGUGCUGCGCAUGUUCAAUGAUGGCGUUGCUGCUUUUGCUAUGUGGGUUGCUAUCUACCUGUGUUUGAAGCGCAGGUGGACGGCAGGAAUCGCAGUGUGGUCUUUUGGUGUUGCCGUCAAAAUGACGCUCGUGCUGCUCGUGCCAGCCAUUGCUAUCACUACUCUUCUCAGUCUAGGGUUGGCACGAAGUGUUUCGCUUGGGGCCAUGGCUAUUCUUAUUCAGGUGCUGCUGGCAGUUCCCUUUCUCCAAACUAAUGCUACAGGCUACUUCUCUCGAGCCUUUGAGCUAUCCCGCCAGUUUAUGUUUAAGUGGACUGUGAACUGGCGGUUUGUAGGCGAAGAAACGUUUCUCUCGAGGGAGUUCUCAUUGGGUCUGCUAGUGCUGCAUAUGUCCCUGUUGGCCAUCUUCUUGGCAAGCUGGGUGAAGCCUUCCGGGACGAACAUGCUCGGGUUCCUCCAAAAUACUCUGCAGGGUCGCCAGCCUACUGUGCAACUCUCAAAAUCGUUCACCAUGACUGUGAUGUUGAGCUCACUGGCCAUAGGAUUGCUAUGCGCCAGGUCCUUGCAUUAUCAGUUCUUCGCCUAUCUUGCAUGGGCCACUCCCUUCCUUCUCUGGCGCGCAGGGCUUCAUCCAGUUCUCAUUUACGCCUUGUGGGCGCUGCAAGAGUGGGCUUGGAACGUCUAUCCCAGCACAAAUGCCAGCUCGGCGGUUGUGGUGUUGACGCUCGCAGCCCAGGUCUUUGGCGUUUUGUUCGCUGGUCCCGGCAGAGUAGAGAAGAACAGGGGGAGCACUCGCAGCAAGACGCCUGUUCGAUAA